AUGAGUUAUGACCAAGUAAGUAACCAAGUUACCUUAAAAAAAUUAAAGUCUCUUGAUAAAGAAUUAACUCUGAUAUACCAAACAUAAGCUAAUGCAAUAUGGAGAACUUCAUUUACAUAAGGAUAAACAUAAAUUUUGUAAGUUAAUGGUUAAAAUCAAAUAACUUCUAUGGAAAGAAUCAUAUGUUAGAAUGGAUAAUUUUUGACAUCAAAUUCAGAUUGUACAUAAUGCAAAAUAGAUGAAAUAUUACAGAAUGAUAAAUGUGUCAGCUGUCCUCAAGGUUCAAAGAAAUUAGAUAUUAAUGAUAAUGUUUGUACUUCUUCUGUAUCUUCAAAUUGUGAUUAACCCAGUGCCUAAAAAAGUUGUGAUUGCCCAAAUUACUAUUACUAAAAUUCUUCUCAAAAAUGCAUCCAAUGUUAGACUGGUUAAUAAUUUAAUAACAUUAAAGACUCUUGUGAUCAAGCUUGCGAUGAUGGAAGUUUUUUUAAUGGCUCAGCUUGCUAAAAAUGUACAAUUAACUGUAUUAAGUGUUAGAGUGAUAAAACUUGUGAUUAAUGUGAUUAAACAAAUGGAUAUUUUUUAGAUGCUAAUAAAUAAAGUUGCUUAAAGUGUGAUCAGAAUCUUUAUUAAAUUUUGAAUAAUCAGAAAAACGGAUGUGAUUGUUAGAAAGGUUAUUUUUUAGACAAUACUUCUUAAUGCUUAAAAUGUUAAGAAGGAUGUAAUGAUUGCGAUAACACUAAAUGUAAUUAAUGUAUCUAAGGAUAUUAUAAGGAUGCUUCGACUAAUUAGUGUUAAAAAUGUAUGGUUAAUUGUGAUUAAUGCACUCAAAAGGAUUAAUGUGACCAAUAUAAAACUUGCCAAUCUGGUUAAUAUCUCGAUAAAUAAACCAAUCAAUGCUAAAAAUGCAUGGAUAAUUGUGAUUAAUGCACUCAAAAGGAUUAAUGCGAUUAAUGGAAAACUUGCCCAUCUGGUUAAUAUCGUGAUAAAUAAACGAAUCAAUGCUAAAAAUGUAUGGAUAAUUGUGAUUAAUGCACUCAAAAGGAUUAAUGUAACCAAUGGAAAACUUGUCCAUCUGGUUAAUAUCGUGAUAAAUAAACAAAUCAAUGCUAAAAAUGUAUGGAUAAUUGUGAUUUAUGCACUUAAAAGGAUUAAUGUAACCAAUGGAAAACUUGCCAAUCUGGUUAAUAUCGAGAUAAAGAAACGAAUCAAUGUUAAUCAUGCCAUCCUAAAUGCAAAAGUUGCAACGGCCCAAAAGAAAAUAACUGUAGAGAAUGCUUUAAUUAAUUUUUUGUUAACGAGGAAGGAAAAUGCUCAGAAUGUGAAAUUGGAUAGUAUAAAGAAAAAAGUAAAUGCAUGAAUUGUCACUGGAGCUGCAAAGAAUGUAAUGGUCCAGAUGAAAAUAAUUGUCUUUCUUGCUAAAAUUCGUUGGAACUUUCUAGUGAAAAUACAUGUUUAAGUGAAAAAUAAAAGGAAAAUGAAGAAGAUGAGAAAAAAAUCUGUGACUAUUCAUGGUUUGAAUUCGAAGAUAAAGAAAAAUUAUGUCAAAAAAGUUUACAAUAUGCCAAAUUAAACAACCAAUUUAUUGAUAAACUUUCACUGGUCAAUUUAAUUCUUGCAUUUAUCGUUUCUAUUUUUGUGCCUCUUUUUAGUCCUUUUGCAUGGUUUUAUAUUUAAUAGUAAUAGUUAAUUGGUAAUUUUGCUUUACUAAAAUCGAUGAAUAUAAUGUGGAUAAAUCAGUUACAGCUAAAGGUUUCUUUCGGACAUAAUGUUAUCAAUAACUUUUCUAACUUUUUAUAAAAAAAUGAAGAUAAAAUAUUUUCAUUUUCCCUCUUUGAUGAAUUUGCAUUUGAGACUUAAGACUUAUAUAAAUAUUUUAUUGAAAAUACUUUAGUUCAUGCAUCUAUUUUCAUAGUAAUAAUUGUUAUAUUUGGUCUACUUAUGAUACUAAAGUCACAUAGCGCUUUCGCUGAAAAAUUACUUGGAUAUAUACAAUGGAAUUUGUUUAUCAGGUUUUUUAUGAUUUCAUCUAAUUUCAUAAUCUUAUCAGCACUUAUUGAAUUUAAAUAAGGAAGUUUCAAAAAUAUAACAAGCUUAGUAAUCUUUAUAAUUAUUGGAAUAUUUUACUUAAUUUUCUAGAUUAAAUCUCUCAGAUUUUUAUUUUCUUACCAUUACUAUUUGAGGUUUUUUGAUAAAAAAACAUUAAUAUGCCUUAAGAACGGACUACUUGACACUCAAAGAUGGCCAAGACUAUUUUGGUUCAUUUUUGAAAUCAGAAAAAUUAUUUCUUGUGUUUUACUUUAUCUAUUGCAAGACACUAUUUAUGCACCAUGGAUUGUUUUAGGAUUGUCUAUAAUUCAGAUAGUUUACUUUGUAAUUUACAAGCCAUUAAUAGACAAAAAAGCAAAUAUCUUAAUUGUAAUAAUUGAGCUUAUGUUUGCUUUUGUAACUACUUUUAUAUCAUUACAAAACUAUUUCAGUAUUCAAUCAGGUUUUGCUAGCUAAAGCAGAAAUAUUUUCAUAGCUAAAGUAAUAAGUGGUGGACUUUUAGCUAUUCAAGCUUUUUGUUUAGUUGCUUUAAUCUAUAUAUGUGCUUAUGCUUUCAUUAAAUUAAUUAUUUAAAAUAAAAAAGAUAGAUUAUAAAAUAGCUUUGAAAACAGCCAUCUUAUAAUUUAACAAAACUUAAAAUUUGAAAGCUUUGAUCAAAUAAUCACAGCUUUAGCUGGUUCAAGCUAAAAUAUAUCUUGGCAACAAAAAACUAAAAAGAAAUGA